AUGUCUAUGAAGACCCGUUGCGCGAAAUUGGUGGACCAGAGAUUUCAGACAGUCAGAGAUAGUGAACUGUCUAUCUCAAUAAAGAUAUCAGGGAUUCUUGUUUCAGAGCUAGGUAUUCUCUCAUUUAUGUUUAUUCUGUUUCAGACACGAUCUGAUUCUUCUUGGAUCGAGUAUAUAGUGUCCUAUUCUUCUCACCCAACAAAGCCAGGCCGGGUUAACGCCAACAGAGCUCUGAAAAAGUUCCAGAAGUGGCUUCUGGCACAACAGAACCUGCCGAAAUUUGACCACGCAAUGGCAUUUACACGGUACCAGCUCAUUAAUAGACAAAGCAUAGAUCUAGGAGGUCUGGCUUAUGUGAAGUCUAUAUGCCACCUUGCUGAUGCUAGUUCAUCAUCAAUAGUGUCCGACCCAGGCGACUUCCAGUGUGUGAAGGUUGCUGCUCAUGAGCUUGGUCACAGUCUUGGUGCCACCCAUGAUGGUGACAAGAAGAAUCCAUUAUGUCCUCCAAAUGACAACUUCAUCAUGGCACCACAGACUACCAAUGAACACGAGAAGCUGAAGAAUGCCUUCUACUUUUCCAGAUGCUCAAUCAACCAAAUGAAAGUAUUCCUCGGAACUGCACAAGCCAAAUGUGUUUUUGACUCUCCAUCCAUCUACUACCACUACGACCUUGAACGACGACCACCAGGACAGGUCUUCUCUGUCGAUGUUCAAUGCAAGCUCAUCUUCGGCAAGACAUCUGGAUUUUGUGAUGUUAGUAAAUAUUAA